AUGAUUCGGGCCCUCGCCUUGUGCCUGCUGACCGCAGCCUGCAGCGUGGCGCCCACGCUGGGGCGCGUCAGCCGCGUGCUGGGGGGUGAGCCGGUGGACAUCUCGCAGGUCCCAUGGCAGGUCUCCGUUGAGUACGUGGAGGCGCACUACUGCGGCGGCUCCAUCGUCAGCCCCAGAUACGUCAUGACGACUGCGUGGUGCAUUUCUGGCGCCGAACCAAUCUAUUACGUGCUGCGGGUGGGUACGUCAACUCGCGAGAGUGGCGGCGCCACGUACACCGCUUCCGAUAUGUUUUGGCACGAGGAUUUCGAUUAUGUUACAACAGACAGAGACAUUGGUUUCUUCGAGAUCUCAGGUUCCAUCUCGUUUGAUGACAACGUUCAGGCCAUUCCUCUGGCGACUGAGGAGCUCGAGGCAGGCACUUCCGUGACGGUGAGUGGCUGGGGAAGCCUUCAACCAGGGGCAGACUACCCAGAGCAGCUGCACGCCGUCAACACGACUAUCAUCGACCGCUCCUCGUGCAACGACACCUACGAAGGCCUCAUUACGGAGAACAUGAUCUGCGCUGGUGAGCCUGAAGGUGGCAAAGACUCUUGCAACGGUGACAAAGGUGGUCCUCUGGUUGCGAACUCCACGCAGUACGGUAUCAUUUCGUGGGGGUACGGUUGUUUUUACCCACCAUACCCAGGUGUCUACACCAACAUCGUUUCCCUGCGCUCUUGGAUUAAUGAAACAAUCGGCGUCUAA